AUGGCAGAAAGAAGAGCCGCUAUUUUCGGAACUGAAAAGGAUCAACAAAAUUGUCCAUUUUAUUUAAAAAUUGGAGCAUGUAGACAUGGUGAUCGAUGUUCAAGAUUACAUAAUAAACCAGUAUUAAGCCAAACUAUAUUAUUACCAAAUUUAUAUCAAAGUCCAAUCUCAAAAAAAGCAAUUGAAGCAGCAGGAGGUCAAGCACCAAACCUUUCAGAUGCAGAAUUACAACAACAUUUUGAUGAAUUUUAUGAAGAUAUUUAUGAAGGUCUUGCAAAGUAUGGCCAAGUAGAUCUUUUAAAUGUAUGUGCAAAUUUAGGUGAUCAUUUAGUUGGUAAUGUUUAUGUUAAAUAUCAAAAAGAAGAUGAUGCAAAUGAAUCAAUUAAGGGUUUAAAGGGUAGAUUUUAUGAUGGUAGACCAAUUAUUUCUGAAUUUUCACCAGUAACAGAUUUUACAGAAGCAAGAUGCAGGCAGUACGAUAUAGGAACAUGCAAUCGUGGUGGAUUUUGUAAUUUUAUGCAUUUACAUAAUCCAUCAAAGUCAUUGUACUAUAAAUUAUUUGGCGAUAGAAAGAGUAGAAGCCCAAGUCCAAAGAGAGAUUACAGAGAUAGAGAUAGGGAUUAUGGUAGAAGAGGUUACGAUAGAGACUAUAGAGACAGAGACAGAGAUAGAGACAGAGACUAUGGAAGAAGAGGUGGUGGUGGCUAUGAUAGAGACUACAGAGAUAGAGAUAGAGAUUAUGGUGGUGGCGGCGGUAGAUAUGACAGAGACUACAGAGAUAGAGACAGAGAUAGAGAUGGCUAUGGUAGAUCACGUGAUUAUGAUCGUGACCGAGACCGUCGUCCAUAUGACGAGUUUAGAGGAAGUAGAGGCUCAAAAUCACCAGAAUACUCAAGAAAUAGUGGGGGUGACAUUCCACCCUCUGAUCAUCACUUUAGUAGAUCUCUACUUUUAACAGACUAUGCCUAUCCUCCACCAACCGGAGGUAUUGUAAAUGGUAGUCCAUCCUCAAAUCAACCACCUCUUCACCUUCCUCCACCAACCAAUGAAUAUUCACACAUUUUACCAAUUACAACUACACAAUCACCACUCUCUACUGGCUCAAAUGGUGGCUCACUACAACAACAACAACAACAACAACAACAACAACAGCAACAACCACAACAACAACAGCAACAACAAACACCACAAAUAAUACCACAACCAUCAGAAAAUGGUGGAAAUGUAUCAACAAUUGGUGAAAAGAGAGUUAGAGAUGAUGAAACAAUAACUUCCGAGAAAAGAUUAAAAGGUGAGGAAAAUUCUCAAAGUGAUGAAAAUGGUUCCAUUCAAUGGGCGUCAAAUGAUGAAAGAAGAACUGAUGAAUACGAUGUUAAAACCUCUUUAAAAACUUCAAUCUCUGAAUCAAAAGAGUAA